AUGACUUCUAUAUUCGAUCGGCUAGUUUCAACAAUAGUAUCGAUCAACUUCUGUCUUCUUUCAAUUUCUACAAUAAAGCAAGUGAAAGCAACUUGUUUUAUUGUUAAACUAAGUGGUUUUUUUACCAAAAGACAAAGACCUAAUCCUAAUGAAAGUGGUGAAGAAUGUUCCCAAAUACCAAUCACCAAUCAAUCAAUUCCUUCCGUUUCUAAUCCUAAUGCAACUCCACAAACACCAAUCAACAAUCAUUCAAUCCCUUCGGUUUCUAAUCCAACUCCACAAACACCAUGUUCUAACCAACCUAAUGAUAACGUUGACUUGAAAGAUCUUCCAAAGGACCCAACGGAUAGGCCAUUGAUUACAAGUUACAAUUCAAAUAUAAGAGAUGAUGUAAGAAUAGCAUAUUUGCUUCAAGGACCUGUGAAAAAGAAUUAUGCAUAUUGUUUAUAUUGUUAUUUGUGUGGGGACCUCAUGGGACAAAAAGGAGGGAGAGAUGCAUUUGUUUCCCAAGGUUUUGAUACUUGGAAUAAAAAAGAUGCAUUUCGGACUCAUGUGGGUGGUGUUGAUAGUUUUCACAACAAAGCAAGAGAAAAGUGUGAGUUUUUAAUGAGGGAAAAACAAGCAAUUAAUGUAGUCUUGAGGAGGCAAAGCGAAGCGGAGGACAAUAAAUAUAAAGCUCGAUUACGUGUUUCUAUUAUUGUUGUUAGAUUUUUAUUGAAAACCGGUUUACCGUUUCGUGGUCAUGACGAGUCGGUUAACUCGGAAAAUAGAGGGCUUUACAUUGAAGUGUUAAAAGCCAUUCGAGAGACUAGUGAAGAGAUUUUCAACAAUACUUUAGAAAAUGCUCCUAAAAACAAUCAACUAAUUUCCCCUAAAAUUCAAAAAGAACUUGUGCAAUGUUUUGCACAAGAAGUACUUUUGAGUAUUCGUGAAGAGAUUGGUCAAGAUGUUUAUGCUUUACUAGUCGAUGAAUCUAGUGAUGUUUCAAAAAAGGAACAAAUGGCUAUUGUUUUGCGUUAUGUCGAUAGUCUUGGCUUUGUGAAAGAAAUAUUCAUAGGAAUAGUGCACGUGAAGGAUACAUCUUCUUUGACCCUCAAAAACGCCAUAAAUGAAGUACUUACAAGUAAUAAGUUGAGUUUUAGUCAGAUAAGAGGACAAGGUUACGAUGGGGCUAGCAAUAUGCGAGGGGAAUUCAAUGGUUUGAAAGCUUUGAUAUUACAAGAGAAUGAUACGGCUUUUUAUGUACAUUGUUUUGCACACCAACUUCAAUUAGUAGUUGUGGCUAUAGCAAAGAAGCAUGAUGGUGUUAGUGAAUUUUUUGAGCAAAUUUCGUUGGUGGUUAAUGUUGUUUGUGCCUCGUGUAAAAGAAAAGACUUACUACGAGAGCAAGCAAGAGAAAGGGUGCAAAAAGGCUUGUGUAGUGGUGAUCUUGAAACAGGAAGAGGGUUAAAUCAAGAGACUACACUUGUUCGAGCGGGAGAAACAAGAUGGGGUUCACAUUUCAACACACUCACAAGUUUGAUGAAGUUGUUUGCGGAUGUUCUUGUAGUUUUAGAUUUUGUGAAAGAGGAGGGAGGGUCAUUGGCAAACCAUCAACAAGCAUCUGGAAUCUUAGCAUAUUUUAAAUCAUAUGAGUUCAUAUUUUACUUACAUAUGAUGUAUGACAUUUUACACCUCACGGGUACAUUGUCAAAGCAACUUCAAAGAAAAGAUCUAGACAUUUUGGAAGCGGCUUCGAUGGUUAGAGGGACAAUGUAG